AUGUAGCAUCAGAGUUAUCCCUGAAUAAGGGGCCGUGAUGUCAAUCAGAUAAGUUAGAUACCUAUCAAACGGAGCAGUGACAUGUGAGGCCUUGAAGGCUGAGCGCUGAGCGGUCGGCACGGAGGCCGGAAGAUAAGCUAUUAUAUUCCCUCUUCUAUUUUUCAAAUCUGAGUUCACAAGGAGAAUAUGUCGGAUGCCAUUUGCAAUGGUGUGUCGGUGAUGCCGAUGUCACUACUGUCCCCUACAUAGUUUUCAAACUUCUUGUGAGAGAGUAGGCACAUCUUAUGAUGGCUCGCUUGUGCGUACACUCACACAGCUUAUCUGACUUGGAGGAAUUCCAUUCACCUUAUCUGAGGACUUCUAUCCACCUUAUCUGAGGACUUCCAUCCACCUAGCCCCCCCCCCCGCAAGAUGUCUCCUCAGAAUAUACGCAUCGACGUUCACCAUCAUGUCUUUCUCGACGCUCAGAAAAAGGCGAAGAAAAGCUUGGAAGUAGGCUUCCGAACACCAGAGGAAAAUCUACCUUGGACACCACAGAUCAGUUUGGCUGCAAUGGACAAGCUGGGGAUUCAAACAACGAUUCUUUCUCCCCCUCCAGUCUCAUCCAAUGGAGCGGAAAAUCGCGCGGAAGUGAGGAAACAGAAUAUUUACUCAUCGCAAUUAUGCGCCACAUAUCCUGGAAGAUUCGGAUUUUUUGCUUACCUCCCCUUCCUGGAUGAUGUUAAGGGUACGUUGGAGGAGAUCGCCUUCUCCUUUGACGUUCUUGGUGCAGAUGGAGUGGCUCUGAUAUCGAGCUAUGGGGAUGGCAAGUCUGCGAAAUAUGUCGCCGACGAUUUAUAUGAUCCCAUCUGGGAGGAACUAGACCGAAGACAUGCCGUCGUGUUUUUGCAUGGCGCUCAGACGCCUUCCUCUACUCCUUACCCUCAUCCGUGGCUUGGCGUGCCAAUUUCUGAGGUCCCCAACGAGACCUACAAGGCUGCUGCCCACCUGGUGGUCAGCGGGAAAAAGCGACGCUUUCAUAACGUGAACAUAAUCCUCACUCAUUUGGGCGGGAGCACGCCAUUUCUUGCUCCACGUGUUGCUGCCCUUUCACAUUACAUGGGCUGCCCGUUGACGCCGGACGAGAUCAUAGAAGAUUUCAAGAGCUUUUAUUUCGAGACUGCUCUUAGCGCGCACGAGACGACGCUUACCGCAAUGGCGACAUUCGUACCAUCUGACCGCCUCCUCUUCGGAACUGAUUUCCCAGCCGUGAGUAUCAAGACAGUCGAGUGGUACACACAGAACUUGGAGAAUCAUUUCGCCGGAAGACCAUUGGACCUCGCUAAUACCAUGCACGAAAAUGCUCUUAGGCUCUUUCCAAACCUAGGAAAAAGCAAAGACGUUUCCAACGGUGGACAGCAGAUCAACGACGGGCCAUAACACGCUGUAAAUUGGUGAAAGGAUGCAUUGGAGGCCGUACAAAGUGAUGAAGUAUGCAAAGGAUCAUAAAUUCGAUCUAAGGUAGCAGAAAUGUAAAUAGAUGUCUAUACACCGAGCCUGUACAAAACAUCAACCCAGUUACGAAUGAACAAGAGCCAAAAAAAACGUACCUUCGCUUGCUAUGUUCAUAGA